UUGCCCCAUUUUUUUUUUUUUCUGCCAUAUCACAACCUUUACUUUGCUUUCCGACUCCUUGAAAUACCAUUCCUUAUCAAAUCAUGUCAUUUCAUACCAUCAUCUAUUCAAUUUCAUCAAUUUUGCCUUCUGUUUUGGUAAGAGAUGUCUCAACCUCAGCUGCUCACAAUCGAUUUCAUGGGAAUCGGAAGUGAUGAGAAUGGCAGCCCUCAAUUGGAUUGCCUCCAACAACUUCUGCGCAGGCGAUCAAUGCAGUCAUGUCUGGGAAAGAUAAAACCCCAGAUGCUGCAACAAGUGCUCUCACACGGAUGUUUCAGCGAUUCAGAAAAUUUUCACAGAGAAGGUCAGAUUGGGGUUUGUGAAGGAAUUAAGACCCUGGAUCUGUUUCCACAGCAUCCUCUAGGGUUUCAAUCCAAUGUUAAACAGGACAAGACCCAAUCGGCUUUGUUGGAUGCACAAAUUGAAAUUUCUGAAGCUGUUCCAUCGUCUCCCCAACUAACGAUUUUGAACGAUUACCCGAGGCAAAGUGUUUCAAAAUUAGAAGAAUCUACACAUGGGAGAAAGCAAAGCCACGCUGUUGAAACAUUAAAUGCCAAUCUUCCGAUAGCUAAGAGGCUAUCCCUUCAACGAUUUCUGCAAAAACGGAAGGACAGAAUCGGCAGAGUCAUUCCCUACGGGACGUCAUCGAAGGAAGGAAGGUGAAGUUGUUUAGUUUGCAAAUGGGAAAGCGAAAAGAGGAGAGUUUGUUGUUAUCCGGGAGGAAUUUUGGAGGAAGCGGAGAUAAUGGAUGCCACAUGUUCCAACUCACGUGACUCCUGCACUUCCGAUAUUGAGAAUCUGAUGGCAUUGGAAUCAAUGCGGCAUUUGUGAUUGCGCUGUACAAAAAUUAAGUUAGUAAUUUGGGAUUUGGGUGUACAAAGAAUGAACGGUUAUUAGAACUAUAAUAUAAUGACUAUUGUUUCUUUUCCACUA